AUGUCUGAUUUGAUCGAUUUUGUAUACCCUUCACUUCUUCAACUAUACAAAGAUAAAGAUUAUUUUGCUGAAAGAGCUAUACUGGCACCAACAAAUGAAGUUGUACAAGAAAUAAAUGAAAGAUUGCUUGGUUUGUUUCCUGGCGAAGAAGUCGAGUAUUUGAGCUCUGAAAGUAUUUGUCAAACAGAGGAAGCAAAGAAUCCAUCAAACGGUAAACUAUAUUCUCCCAAUGUUCUUAAUGGUCUUAAAAUAUCUGGUUUGCCUAAUCAUCGAUUAGUCCUUAAAGUUGGUGUCCCUGUAAUGUUGCUUCGUAAUAUAUAUAAACAUAAUGGUUUAUGCAACGGUACGAGAUUACGUAUUACUAAACUUUACAGACGUGUUGUAGAAGCUGAGAUUAUAUCUGGAGGAAACAUAAGGACAAAAAUGUAUAUUCCAUGGAUCAGUUUGACGCCAUCGAAUAAAAGAAUUACUAUCAAGUUUCAACGACGCCAAUUCCCCUUGUCUGUAUGUUUCGUAAUGACUAUAAACAAAAGUCAAGGACAAUCUUUAUCAAGGGUUGGAUUGUAUCUCAAAUGUCGAGUUUUCUUACAUGGUCAACUUUAUGUUGCAUUAUCAAGAGUAAAAAGCAGAGUCGGUGUCAAGUUGAUUAUACUAGAUAAAGAUGGUAAUGUAACAAAUAAAACUAAUGUGGUGUAUAAGGAAGUUUUUUCCAAGAUUUGA